UGAAAGUUUAUUGGUUGCCGCGUCGCUUCUUGCCGCGCGACAAGUAUUUCCGCGUCCUGUAGGCAGAAGCCAUUACACCACGCCUGACAUGUGACGUAUAACAACCCAAUAUUCGAAUAGGAUAAUUCACUUGCUAACUCGCAACAUUCGAGUUUUUUUUAUAUUUUAACUUAAAUUUUUUUAUUAAUUAAUUGUCGUAAAAGUAGUUUUUAAUUUUAUGAAGUUUCUAGUGUAUGGGAGAAAGUUUGGAACAACUUGGGAAUUUACUAACCAUUAUUACAAGAAAAGUUUCUAGGCAUGUGAUACUACCACCCGACAUAGCCAGACAUGUUCCAAAAACUCAUCUCAUAACAGAAACUGAAUGGAGAAAUUUAGGAGUUCAGCAGAGUCCUGGAUGGGUUCAUUACAUGAUGCAUGGACCAGAACCACAUGUUCUAUUAUUCCGAAGGUUGAGGAGCGAUCUGGAGACACCCAGGCGUAUCCCACAGACAGAAGAAAUUAUCAGUUGUUAAAUCAAAUUGAAAGUAAUGAUUACACAUAAGAUUACAGAUGAAUGCAAAUAAUGUUGAGUACAAGAAAUAAUAAUAAUAAUAAUAAUAAGGAACAUGAGAUAUAAUUUUCCAAUUGUAUCUCUACAUGAUUUAUACUUAAAGUAAAAUGUAUACAGAUAUUUUUAAAUUAAAAUAUA